AUGUCACAAAAACCAUUAGUCAAUGAUCAGCCUAAACCUCUUCCAGUGUGUGACUCGUGCUUCUCUCGAAAGGUCCGUUGUGACAGAGGCAACCCAUGUGGUAACUGCCAGGACAACAAUACCAUAUGUUCUCGUCAGCGAGUCAUAAAGCGAACCAGAAACCCCACGCAUCUGGCAGUGAUGGAAAAUAGAGGUCGAACACGCCAAAAAUCACCCCAGCCAACCCUAAAGCGUCACGAUUCACAAAAUUCAUCAUCAGGACUGCACGAUCAUUCUGCAACCACCAACAGAUAUCCCAGACUGGACUAUCAACAGUCUCGCGGGGUAUCUCUGGGUCCCGAGAAGCCUCUCUCGCUUCAUGAUGCUCAUGCCACCAUUCAGUAUCACCUAGACCAUCUGGACUGGCUCCCCAUCAACCGCCACCAGAUUUUAGAAUCGGGGUUGAGCCUGGCUUCUCAACUCUCAGGCACUUUUGAGGACCCUGUGCACGUUGCCGGUGAUAUCACUGUCAAUGAAGAGCAAAUGGCUCCCCCUUCUGCUGAAUUAUUAGCCUGGAUGUUAAAAGACCUCAAGGAGGCAAGACUUGGCUCGUUUGUUAGGGAUUACUUCAGACACAUAUCUGAAGCAACACUCGAGAAAAUGGGACUUACUCUCAUUCACAGGACUGGAUCGCCCCACGACUUGCUCAUCAGCACUGUUUGCGUCAAUGCCAUGGCCUCCAAGUUUCUGACUGCCAUCAGCAACGCUGGAAUCGACAGUGAACUGAUCCACGAACUGACAUAUAGCGUGACGCAAUUCCAGCUGGCAGCAAAAGUAGCUCUUCAGAACAUCUCUAUCUUAACGAGUCCUUCGCUCGGACUCUUACAAGCGCUUCUUUCUGGUAUAUUACUCCAUCAAGGAUCCGGAGACAUCACUAUAUGCUGGGAGCUUACCAAAGCUGCCUGCAGGGUGUGUAUAAGUUUGGGUCUUGACACUAUCAUAAAAACAGGAGGGCUUGUGAGUGAAGAGCAGUAUUACUGUCUCGCUUGGUGCUAUAUACUGGAUAAGAAUUUUGCUUUCAAGAUGGGAAGAUCCAGAACUUUGCUUGAUAUUGAACUUCCACACAUCACUUCCAACCUACCCAGCGACCAAGACCCUACCUCAGACCUCUUUCAAAUUUACAUGAGUCUUGCAAAAGUACAGGCUGCUCUCGUGCCGUACCUUAGGCGACGCUCAUCGAUGUUGGCAGGAAGUAGUUUAUCAUCUUCCCAUGAAGCCGGGAAACAUUGGUUGGUGAAUAUGCAGCAAAUUCAAGAAAGGAUCGAGCAUAUCUCGCGUCCAUAUCCAGCCUGGAAAGGGCUAGAUGCUCAAUCUGAAAUAUCGGCUCUUCGAUUCGCCCAUUAUUCGGUUAUGAUCACCAUCUUCCAUAUCAUCGAGGGUGCAGGAAACCAGUCUGUUGAUAUACGGAAACAGUGUUUGUUAGCAGCCCACCAAGGCAUAUCUUCACUAGUGUCAAUAUGUAUAUCUGCUGAAAGGCAGAGCGCCGUGGCAUUGUUACAUUGGACACUUCUCGUCUACCCCAUCACCGCAUACUUCGUACUAUUUUGCAAUGCCGUUGCAACAUCAGAUACCGAUGACUUCAAACUUAUGAAAACAAUUGUCGAUUGCUUGACCCCCAUUGAAACAACAAGCCGCCCAAUUGUUCAAGUACGAACGAUCUUCCGCCACUUUUUAUCUCUCGCUGGAGGUGUUUUCAACGAUAAGUCAAAUUCGAUGGUGCUAGUUCCAGAUCGUCAAGUACAGCCAGUACAGUCUCAGUCGAAUUCUCUGCAACAUUGGAUGCCUGACAGCCUAUUUCCAUCUUCGACGGCUGGCACCGUUCCUCUUUUUACCCCAUCAUCACUGGCUGGAAUGGAGGAUUUCUCUGAGACGCUCAUUUUUCCAGAAAAUGAGAUGUUUAUACCCUUUAGCGAUCAUUUUCAUGAUCUCGGAAAUGAUCCUAGCAUCUGA